UUCCGGGAAAAUUCCCACCAAAUUUCCCAUAUUUUCCCGGAAAUUUACCAUGUUCAGCUGCUGUGCUUUGCUCUGCGAUGGUUUCUAGGGUUUUUUUCGUGCUGAUGGUCUUGUACGUGUUUGCUUAAUUUCCUUUUGAAGCUCAAGCUCUUGUAUUUAUUUUGCACUUGUCGCUGUCAGAUCUCUAUUUCCUGGGGUUUGUAAUUUAUGCAACUUUUACUUUUUUGAUUGGAGGGAGUAUGUUCGUGUUGUUUCAUAUCUCAAUUGGCUCUUUUUCUUAUUUGAGGAUCUGAAUUUGGAUACUUUGGCUUAGAUUUUGAUCAGCUCGUAAAGGAGUUGGCAUUUCUUGGGAUUUUUGGUAUCUUAGUUAUUUUAAGGGUAAAUUUAGUUUGUGAUUCUUAUAGAGAUGGAUAAGGACAAGUCCCCUGCCCAUGGUGGUGGUUUCCCACCCCCAUCAGGCAGGUACUCGGGUUUCUUGCCGGCCGGAGCUGCUUUCAAUGUGAAACCUGAGCCAUCCUCUUCAUCACCAUUCCCUCCACUGGCCUCGGGUGCUAGUGCGGACUCGGGUCAUUUUGGUCAUGGGAUGUCUGCUGAAUCUAGUCUCUUUAGCCAUGAUAUUAGCCGAAUGCCAGAUAACCCACCAAGGAAAUUGGGCCAUAGACGUGCUCAUUCGGAAAUCUUGACCCUUCCAGAUGAUAUUAGCUUUGAUAGUGACCUUGGUGUUGUGGGUGGUGCGGAUGGUCCUUCAUUUUCGGAUGACACGGAGGAAGACUUGUUCUCUAUGUACCUUGAUAUGGAAAAGUUCAAUUCGUCAUCUGCUACAUCAUCCUUUCAAUUCGGGGAGCCAUCAUCUUCUGCAGCAACACCUGCUCCAGCAAUAGCACCAUCAUCAAGAGCACCCACUUCGUCUGCAGAGAAUAUUGCCAUCGGUUCUAAUGAGAGGCCUAGAGUUAGGCACCAACAUAGCCAGUCAAUGGAUGGGUCGUCAACCAUCAAACCAGAGAUGCUGGUUUCCAGUUCAGAAGAUAUCAAUGCAGCUGAUUCCAAGAAAGCCCUGUCAGCUACUAAGCUUGCAGAGCUCGCCCUGGUUGAUCCAAAACGUGCAAAGAGGAUCUGGGCAAAUAGGCAGUCAGCUGCAAGGUCAAAAGAAAGGAAAAUGCGAUAUAUUGCUGAGCUUGAACAGAAAGUCCAGACGUUGCAAACAGAGGCAACAUCCUUGUCUGCUCAAUUGACUCUCUUGCAGAGAGAUACAAAUGGUCUGACUGCUGAGAACAGUGAACUGAAACUGCGUUUGCAAACAAUGGAGCAACAGGUUCACUUGCAAGAUGCAUUAAACGAUGCACUGAAAGAAGAAAUUCAGCAUCUGAAAGUUAUGACUGGCCAAGCUAUGCCAAAUGGUGGACCUAUGAUGAACUACACUUCUUUUGGCGGGGCGGGUCAGCAGCAGUUCUAUCCAAACAAUCAAGCAAUGCACACCCUUCUAACCGCACAGCAGUUUCAACAGCUCCAGAUUCAUUCUCAGAAGCAGCAGCACCAGUUUCAGCAGCAUCAGCUCCAUCAACUUCAGCAGCAACAGAUGCAGCAGCAGCAUCAGCAACAGCAACAGCACAGCAACAGCAGCAGCAACAACAAAGUGGGGAGUUGAAAAUAGGAGGAUCUGUGCCUUCGCCAAGCCAGAAAGAUAGUACAUCAGAGGUCAACCAAUCUGUAACGAAGGAUUGAAAUGUUAUCGGGUCUACCAAAAAUUAAAGACGGAUGAGGCAUUGUUCAAAAAUUGUAGUUGCAAAGCCGCCUCCAGUUAGGACUUACCCUCGCUUCCCUUCCUUCCCCUCCUCCUCCCCCUCCCCCUUCUGUUUUUGAGUCUGGUUAGAUACACCUAGAUGACACCUUUGUUUGUAGCCUGUUGUAUACAUAUCGUUUUAGUUGUAGAUCGAAUGAUGGGGUUAAUUUUCGGUCGUGUACCGUAUGGUUGUUGCACCUUGUGAUUUGUGUUUUGUUCCUGGUAAUUAUGGUGGAUUUAGAUUAUGAAGAUUUGUUAUCUGAAAAUUAAAUGUGUUUUUGGGAUUA